AUGCUGUCCAUUGUCGCUUCUUGGGCGCUCGCUCUGGUUGCCGUGAAUGCGAUCCCUUCGCCUGUGGAUUUGCGCGCAUCACGCGUUGAGCGCGACCUCGUUCGUCGAGACAGCCGUCCAACAAGCUACCCGGCGAACAACUUCACGCAAUUGAUUGAUCACUUCCCACAGAGCUCCCGUUAUGAGCCUCACACCAACGGCACAUUCACGCAGCGGUACUUCUUCGAUUCAACCUACUACAAGGAUGGCGGCCCCGUUUUCUUGUACAUCGGCGGGGAGACCUCUGGCGAGAGCAGGUUCUCAAACCUUGAGACCGGCAUCAUCCAAAUCUUGAUGCAGGAGUUCAAUGGAUUGGGAGUCAUUCUCGAGAACCGCUAUUAUGGCGAGAGCUAUCCAUUCGAAACCACAACAACAGACGAGCUUGCCUAUCUUACGAAUGAGCAGACGAUCGCCGAUAACGCCUAUUUUGCGCAACGGGCUACCUUUCCAAACGUGACCGGUAAUCUCACCGCACCCAACACACCGUGGAUCUUGUACGGAGGCAGCUUGGCUGGCGCUGAGACUGCGUUCUCGAUUGUCGAGUAUGGCGGCUCCGGCGAGAAGAUCUUGUACGGGGGCAUAGCUUCCAGUGCCGUAGUCCACGCGGUCCAUGCGUACCCGCAAUGGUACGAUCCAAUCCAGAAGCUCGGUCCUCAAGACUGCAUCGGGCGCAUCAACGAUAUUGUUGACAGCUAUGACGCGCUUGUUGAAGCAAACAAUACUGCCGCGAUCCAGCAGCUAAAAGAGCUCUUCGGACUCCAGGAUCUCGAAUCUGAUCUCGACUUCGCUUACACGAUUGCUCUUCCGAUCGGAGGUCCUGAUAACUAUCCACUGGGGACAUGGCAAGAGUUGAACUGGAACAAGUCGGUUUCGGAUCCGCAGUGGUGGUACUUCUGCGGUAACGUGACCGACGACAAUGCCCCAGCUAAUGUCACGGCGGGUGAUAGUUUGCUGGCCAACUAUACCGAUGGCAAGACGCUGCCGGGACUCGGUGCGUACGCCGCAUACUUCCAGCAGGUGUAUCUUCCUCUGUGCGAGAGCGGGCGAUACGGGAGCACGGAUCCUGGCUGCUUCGGGACACAGAAUGAAUCAUACUGGAAUGACACAACGCCCAGCACGUCGCGUUCAUACACAUAUUCCACAUGCACUGAGUUGGGUGCUUACCAACAGGGACAACCCGAAGGCAAGCCAUCGCUCCUGUCUCGCAGCAUCACAACAUCGUUCACACAACAAUGGGUAUGUACCCCUACAUACUCAGAUCGGGCGGGCAAUCAGUCUCCUGGUCCUGCUUCUUCCGUACAACUCGAUACCGACCGAUGGACCAAUCUCACCCACUACAACAAAUACGGCGACUUGAACAUCACCGGAGAGCGACUAGCCUUCAUCGAUGGAAGCUCCGAUGUCUGGCUCGAUGUCUGCUACCACUCAACCUUGACCAACACGUCAGCAAACCGCGUCGCGAACCCAAAUAGUAAUGCCACAGCAGCUAGCGAGGUCGAAGCGUAUCUGAUCAAUGGAGGCGGACACCAUUGGGACAGCUAUGGGAUCUUGGAUGUUGACGCGGAACCAGACUUCAUCAUGCAGGCGCAUUUGUGGGAGAUUAAGGUGGUGAAGAAGUGGCUAGACGCCUUCACGAGUGAUUGGUAUAAGCAGUGA